GGUGCAUAGGGCUGCCGCUUGGCACGCCACGAACUUUGGCGCUCAGUCCGCCCUGAGACCGCGCGCUCGCCGCCCGCCGCGACUCCGCGCCGCCCUACGCGCCCAUCGCAAAUGGACUACGAUCGACACUACGAAAAUUAUCAUCACCUAUCUUUAUUUCACGCGAACAAAAACAACCCAAUAUCGAACGACCGUGCGAGCUUCAAAAAUGACUUAACUUUUUCCCACUUUUAAAAACUUUAUUUAGAUACCCCCUUUUCAAAAUCACCACUCACACACCAUGCGUCAUCGAGGAAAGUCACACCGAAACCAAUUUAUACACAAAAAACGACUGAAACUUUCUGAUUGCAACCUUUAAAAAGUUUACAUACGAUUUAUAAUAAUAUUUACACUGUUUUACAAAUGGUUUUGGACAUUAUUUUAUCCUUCAGACCCUUAGAAGUUUAAGUGUGACCAAAGACAAUUAAAUAAUAAUAAAGUUUAAAUAGAGUAGAACUUUUAAAGUGUGUUUUAGCUCAAGUGUUAUAAAGACAACAAUAAGUGUGUUAAUAACUAGUUUAUAGUAUCACAUUAAUAUAGUAAAGUACUUAGUGAGUGUUUAGUGUUUUUGUGUAUUCGUAAUCCGUAGUCAUCAAAUUCUGAGUUGGAUGAAGAUGCAUUGUUCGGAUUUGUGGCUGAAACUACAAGAAGAACUUCUCUCCUUACCUCUUGCACACGGCUCAAGAUCCCUUCCGUAAAACAUUCCUAUUCAUUCUUCGACACCUUUAAGCAACAGCGAAGAAAACAUUCCACUAUCAUAAUCUUCAAACGGAAACUCUCUAGUGACUACCAUAAGAAAAGUACUUGGUAACGCUAUUUAGUAGUAGUAAGCUCAAGUGACGCGCGUAAACCUCUUCGGAGGGCGCGAGGGGCCGGCGCGAUGCGGGCUCGCCAGGGAUGUACGUAAUAUAUCCCGCGGAUGAAGUAGUUUCCCUGACAUACAGUUCGCAUUCGCUGCCCCGGCCCCGGCAGCGUCCUACCCUCGACGUCCUCGUCGGGCCGCUGCCCGCGCCGCAACCCCCGCCCCCGCACCCCGCCCCGCCCCGCGCCGCUUCCCUCCCCAAAACGGCGCCCCCGGAGACCCCGGAGCGCGCGCCGGCGUCGCCGACGCCGUCGCUCGAGCGUCCACCCAAGCUGCGCGAGCGCACCAAAGCCAAGCUUUUCAAAAAACUCGGUCGCCACGAGGACAAUGAAUUCGGAAAAAUAGUCAGAACACCCGCUCCAGAUGAAUUCGAACUGCCCGCACCCCUGCCCACGCCGGCUUUCUCCAGGAAGAAUAUUUUCGACCGCGACUUCGAUGCGUUGUUCGAGGUCGCGAGCUCGCCCCAGUUCACUGCGAACAUCCGCGUGACCACUCCUGAGCCAGACCGCCGGUCAGAUGUUUCAGCGGCGCACUUCCCCUCCCCCGCGACCUCCUCUCUUAGUCUCCUCCCGCCUCGCCCCUACUCCGAGCCGGCGAGCGUAUCUCCCACCGCGUCUGCCCGAACCUCCUCGCCUUCGACGCCAACGCCACUACACUCGACUCCAGAAGGUUCAAAAUCCAAGAAAGUCAGUUUCUUCCGCAAGUGGAGCCACUCGAAGGAGGCGUCGCCUCCGCGCGCGCGCAGCAUGCAGCAACCGUCGCUCGAGAUGGCUCUGCGCGAGCUCACGCACCCCAACCACAAUGAGCAGCUCAAGAACCAACAGCAAGUCACCUUCAAAUUGGUUAAAACAGUGGCCGAUUUCACAACGCAGAUGUCACAGCUGUACGAGAGGCACUCGUCAGAGCUUCAAGUCCUCGUAGCCAGCUUUAGGAAACGAAGCGGUGAAUUGAGGAAAGAAAGAGCGUCCUGUCCAUCGUCCCUCUUUCACACCUGGGAGACGCUUCUUCAAGAAGUCGAAGCUGAUGUGGUGGGCUACAGCAACGCGGCUGCCUCUCUUGAGAGGCUGGUGGCUACUCCACUGGUGGAGAAGACCUUCCACAUGAAAGUUCAGGCGCGAAAACUCUUCGCACACCGAGAGGGCUGCGAAGUGAUCCUUGCUAAGGCCGACGACCAAUUGACUAAGAAAAGAAACAAAUGA